AGCGCUUCAAACUAUAGUCAAUUAUAGAAAUACUUCAAAAAAAAGAUUUUAACAAAGUCCUUCUAUGAAGAAACUAGACAAAUCAUCUAAUCAUAGUAAUUUUUCUUUAAGAAUAAAAACAUGUUUAAAUAAUAUUUUAUAAGGCAGAAUAAAGUAUAUCCCCAAAAGCAAUUUAAAAAACUUCAGAGACGUAGAUGGAGGAUUUACAAAAUAAAUCUAAUAUUCAAAUAAUCUUCUCUCAUGAAGAAAAGCUUUAUAAUUUCUUAUUUCCUUAUGAGUAUAAUAAACUGGUAUAUAAUAUUAGAGCAACUACUGAUUAAUUAUUACAACAAGCCCGUAAAAUAGUUCCAACAAUAAGCAAUUUAGUAACAACCAACUCCAAUUUAGCCAUGGAUUAUUAUCUUCAAUUACCGAAUUAAAAAUUAAAUGUAUUUCAAGGACGUAUCAUCACUGUUUAAGGAGUUCCAGGUUUAUUAGCAUUAAAAUCUAAAACUGGAUUACGAGACUUUAUAUUUAUAAAAUGCAUAGGAGUGGGUGGAUUUUCAAGAGUAUAUUUGGUAAAGAAAAAACAAUCUGGCAGAUUUUCUGCUAUGAAAAUAAUAGAAAAGAAAAUAAUUAUGGAGAAAAAAAUAGAAAGUACAUAAUACAUUAUAUAGAUAUAAUUGAGAAUGAACGCAAUAUCCUAGCUGUCACUUAACAUCCUUUUCUUAAUAAACUAGAAUAUGCUCUUGAAUGUCCUAACCAUUUGAUUUUUAUAACUGAAUUUUGUGCUGGAGGAGACCUGCUUUAUUACUUAUAAAAAUAUCAUGUAUUUACAGAAACUCAAGCAAGAUUCUAUAUUGUAGAAUUUAUAUUGGGUUUGAUAUAUUUACAUUAAUUGGAUAUUAUUUAUCGUGAUAUCAAACCAGAAAAUAUUUUAAUAGAUAUUACAGGACAUAUUCAAAUAGCCGAUUUUGGACUAGCUAAACCCACAAGAAAUGAAUAUGCUUAUAGUUUUUGUGGAAGUCCUGAAUAUAUGGCUCCUGAGAUGCUAACAAAUUAAGGACACAAUUAAUAAUUGGAUCAUUAUUGUUUGGGUGUUCUACUUUAUGAAUUAGUGAUUGGAUGCCCACCAUUUUAUUCAGAAGAUAUAAAUAAAAUUUAUGAAAAUAUCAUUUUAAAAGAAGUAGAAUUUCCUAAAAAUAAUUAAUUAAGCAAUGAGAUAAAAGAUUUAAUAUUAAGAUUAUUGUGUAAAGAUUAAAAAAAUAGAAUUGGACAUUAAGGAGGUCUACUUGAAAUAUUAGAUCAUAAAUGGUUUGAAAAUGUUGAUUUAAUAAAAUUCUUGUAUAGAAAAGUCACUCCUCCAUUUUAACCUGAUAUUUUUAAACCUCCAGCAUUAUAAAAAGAAUAUAAAGAUGGAGAUUUAGAUUUAAUAAGAAAAUUAUUAGAUAGAAGUGUUUCAGGUACAACAAUGUUUUAAAAUUUCUAUUACGAUUAGUCAGUGGAGAUGGAUAUCAAAGUGGAAUAGUAAAAGUUUUUAAAGUUUUAUCAUUAAUUGAUAGAAUAGUAAAAUAGCAAAAUGUAAAGAAGAUAAAAAAUCAAAUUCUUGAGAAAAACCAGGUUAGUAUGA